GCCGGCUACAAGCUGUGGAGCUUCCAGGGGCGGGUCUUAUUCCAGCAGCAGAAGGAGAAGUUGUGGCACAUUGCGUGGAGGCCCCACCCGCCGACGCUCCUGCCCGCCAGCAAGCAGAACGAGGUCCGGAAGAACAUAAAGCAGUACUCCAAGAAGUACGACGCCCUCGACGAACAAGCAAAGGAGACUGCACGAAAUGCAUUCCGCGAGGAGCGCGAAAAGAAGAUGAAGGCGUUCACCGAGGUCCUCGACAGGCUACAGGAGUGGAAGUUGGACAAGGAGGACGAGAAUGAUUGGGCGGACGCGGUGAAUGCAUACCUGGAGAGCCAAGGUUGGGAGGUGAACGAGAGCGUCGUAGAGGAGGUUGAAAAGGAGGAUGAGGAACUCAUCAGCUGAAGCCUGGGCGCACCGGUCUUCGAGCUUCUGCUUCCCGAUCGCUGCCCAGCUGCUGUGGAGCCGAGCCCCCGGACGCCGCCCGGGGCCGCGCGGGCGGCACGCCGCCGCCGGGCGCCGGUGCGUGGCGCGCAGAGCGCGCACGGCCGUGCCCCGGGCGCGCCAGGGCCACGGGGCGAGCUCGGGCCGCUGCGCGAGGCCGGCUGGGCCGGGGCAGCGCCUCAGGAUUUUUGCGACGCCAAAUUUCCACCACAGCUCGGCGGCGCACGGUGCCAGGAUCUGGCGUUCCCCUCGCGUCCUGCCAGGUGCAGGGUGCAUGGUCUUUUGAUGGACCGCCUUCUCCGAGGUGCUCGCUGCAAACUCAGACGGCUGGGGGGAGGGGGGACGGGCCCGUGGCCCUG